AUCAAUUUUCAUGCGGAGGACAUUGUGAAGACAUUGGCCCUUUAGUCGUCUAGAUUGGAUGGAAGGGUUCGGGGUUUUAAGAAAGAGUCGGUUUCCACUUAUUGCGAUUUCGAGGAGAAUGGGAUUUGCAAUUCCGUGGGGAAUAGAAAUAGUUACCCUGUGACUUUAAUGGCUUCAAUGACUUUGGAGGUUAAAACGCUUGGUUAUUUCCCACAGUUUCAUAUGUUCAUGUUAGCUGCAGUGAUAGUUUUGAUCUGUUGUCAAGUAGUAUGUUAAUCGGCUGUUCAGUUCUAGUUUAUUGAACCGAGUGUGGGGUUUCUAAAUAAGUCUUUUGUUGAGGUAAAGUACAAAAUAGUGGAUGACAUUGCUGGCUGGAAGAGGAAAAGUGUUGUUGAUUAGAAAAGAAGUGAUACGCCGAAAAGGUGAAGGUUAUUUGGGGGAUUCGGUUUCAUUGAGUCUGAUCCUCCAUUUCUUAAGCAAUUCCUUCAUAUAAGACAGAUCGUCCUGGAGGAUUCUGAAGGCCACUAUUGGGCCUCGGUUUGCUGAAAAGAUUGUAUUGUUAGCAUACAUGAGGAGUACUGUAUUGGGAUUGAUGGGAAUGCAAUGUAUACUGAAUAGAAAAUUGGACCAGGAGCUACAUUGCGGAACAUUCGCUUAGGCAUAGUGGAUAGAGGAGAGGAAUGUACUGACCUAUUUGAAAGUAAUUGUCAGAUAGGAUGCGAUAAUGAUUGAUUGAAAGGACGUCCUUUGGGUGAAGAUUGUUUGCUGCGUUUUGGUUUCGUUGAGUGAAAAAUAAGCUAUUUUUCGAACCAUUCGUCCAAACUGAAGAGAUUGUCCUGGAGGAUUUUAAAGGCCACUACUACUGGGUCUCGGUUUGCUACAAGGCACCCAGGCAGCUUCCUUCCCACUGAAGGAAGGAUGCAAUGUUGUUGUAUACCACCCAGUGGUUGGUGUUGUAUCCGAAGUGACAUUGGAGCUUCCAAGGAUGACAUAUAGAUAGUUCUCAAUUAAUGGCACCAUUACUGAGGUUUUUUCAUAUUAUACAUAGAAAUAGGGAUGUAGAAUGUUUGUGGUGAUUAGGUCAAAGGUGAUUUUUAAACUGGGAGGUGGUUAAGGACGUAUAUGACCUAUGAUGGAUUCUUUUAUUUGAAAUUAUUUUGCCAUUUUGUUCCAAAUCGAGGUGGAAAACAUAUGGAAAAAAGUUCUAUUUACAAAUGCGUGUGACUUUCAGAUUUGAGAAAAAUGUCUACGGUGUCAAAAGAAUCGGAUCAGGAUGAAACCCUUGUCAAUCUUUAUCGUAGGCAGACAAGAGUAGUUGCGUCAUUUUUUGUAGGAAAAGCUCUCAUGAUAACUGUGAUUCUUUUCGAGAUUUUUGCCGAUGAUUUAUUCUCAAAUAUAGGUCUUUUUACAAUCCAUGUCGGUGUGGUAUUCUUAUACUGUGCAUGCAAUCUUGUCGGAUAUUUCCUAUUGUCUUUCUCAGCGUUCUUGUUGGAUGUAAAGUACUACUUUUACGGCUAUAUGACGAUAUUAGGUGGGUUUGCAUAUUGGUGUGCCGCAACGACAGUCGGAUUCAUCUCCGCUUCGGACAUUUUCAUUUUUGUUUGUGUAGACCAGCGUUGUCCAGAAUCUCACUGGUUGAUAAACAUGAGGUGGAGGAAUUACGGGAUCAAAUGUCCCAAGGAUCCAUUGGAAAAACCGAGACCGGAAGAAGCUAAAGGCGGGCCAGGGAAAUCUUUGGCAGCUUUAUAUUUCAAUUGCGAAAGGGCAGACGUAUUUUUAAUAAUAAUCUCUUCUCUUCUGGCUCUGUCGUAUUUCGUUUUUAUGUUAGUAACUCUAGUCAGAACGCACAGAUUCUACAAGAUGUUGAAAGGUCAACUUGAAAGAAUAGAAGAAGAAAUGCACUAGAGAAAAUUUCCCAAAGAAUUGCCAGACAUGGAAUUUUAAAUUAUUGAUUUCAAUUUGAAAUAAUUUUAAUUUUAACCAACUUUUUUUUAAAUUGAACCAAAAAAACAAUUUUAUUCUCGACCCAGUACACCCUUGAAUCGAAACGUUUAUUCUAUAUGCUCUUAAAAUGCAAUACAUUUGUUUAAAGACGAUGAUGAUGAUGAUGAUAAUGGAAUACUAGGACUUAUGAUUAAAUAUAUUCUUUCUUCCCCCUGUCUGUGCAACUAUACAGGGCGUCCUUUUUAGACGGCCCGCCUGAAUUCCUCUUGAACCAUAAACGCUAACAAAAAC